AUGGAACAAAUCCCAGCUGCGCUGAAGCAAGCCGAGAUAGCUCGGCUGGAGCAGUUGAAAACAGAACAUCCCGAUGACGACGCCAUAAGCGAUGAUGCGGCGGGACAAGCUUAUGUAGAGCAGUUCGCCCAGCAAACGUUUGACAGGGGAGAGAAAGUCCUCCUAGCCAACAAGGUUACGAGACAAACAGCGGAUACGUUUGAUGCAGCUGCAACAUUCUUCCAGCUUAUUAGCAUCUGGGAAACACCGGACGAAGAAACGCAAAAGAAGAUCAAGUACGCCAAGUGGAACGCCGCACGCAUCCUCCGAGCCAUCAAAGAGGGCAAGGACCCGAACGAGUCGAAUCCGGUGCGCCAGGAAGAGGAGCUAGAAGCCGAGGACGCAGUCAGCCCCGGUCUGCCAGAAGUAGGGACGCCAGUUCCUCUUGAGCAUCCCGCAGGCCAGCCCUCACCUCCACCGAAACUCCCAUUCGAUCCCGCGGCGAGCGUCCUGCCCUCGCGCCCCCUUCCCCGUCUCCACCAGCAACCACCGCCCGACUUUACGCCGCCAUCUCCCAUCCAUCCUCAGGAACGAAUACCGUCUCCGUACUCUCGCGUGAGCGUCUCUCCUGCGAACUCUGGCCCGUCACUGCCUCCGGCUCAAACUCCUCCCCCACCUAGCGCUCCCGCCCCCAUCUCCCCACGAGCGGGACCAGGCCCUCACCCUCUCCAUUUCUCUGCACCGCCCGACUCUCACCACAUACAGCCCCCGACUCAACCCCAGCUACCGUUCCCCGGUCCUAGCAUUAUCCCAGCACCUUCCCCACACCAGCACGUCCCGUCCGCCCCGGCGUGGCCACCGGCGCCGGGCCCUCAAACCCACGGCUAUCCUGCGCACCCGCCCCCGACGAGCCAUCCUCUCGCUUACGCACAUCACCCUCCGCCGCCGCAGCCUCCCGUCAUUGAUGAGGUCAAGAUUGCCGAGGCGCAGAAACAUGCUAAGUGGGCUAUCUCGGCACUCAACUUUGAUGAUGUGCCUACGGCGGUGAAGGAGUUGAGAAAGGCGUUGGAGUCGUUGGGCACUCAGUAG